AUGUAUGAAAAAUAUAUGCAAUUGGCAAUGCCUCUCUUGCUUGUGUUGGUUGCUGUGGUGUUAGUUCAACCAUCCACAGCAGUUCCACUGCCACUCCCAAAAUGGCACAUUCAUGUGGUAAAUGGGCUUAGAAAUCAAACCCUAUUUGUGCAUUGUAAGUCCAAGGAUGAUGAUUUGGGAAACCACACUUUGAGUACCAAAGGGCAAGAAGUUCAAUGGACAUUUAAAGUGAACUUUUUUGGAACAACCUUGUUUUGGUGCUAUUUAAAGAAGCCAAAUUUCUACGUAGCGUUUGAAUCUUUUUGGGUUGAGAAAACUCACCCUUGGCUCACUUCUAGGUGUUUUGAUAAGAAUUGCAUCUGGAUUGCUAAAGAUGAUGGAAUUUACUUGAGAAACAACCUCACCAAUGUUGAUGAACUUGUACAUCCAUGGAACAAAAUGGUUUGA